CCCGCGCGAAGCUCCGACAUGCUCAGUACGAAGCUCACGCGCAGACAUGGCAGAAGAAGCUCCCGCAGCUGCACCGGCGAAAGCCCCGGCCAAGGCUCCCAAGAAGAAGUCCGCUCCCCGGGCUAAGAAGGACGGACCCAGCCUCCCUAAGCUCAUCGUCGCCUCGGUGACAGAGUCGAAGGAGCGCAAGGGGACGUCACUGGCGGCCAUAAAGAAAUACCUGACCGCCAAAAAUGUGGACGUACCCAAGGCCAACAAACGUAUCAACACCGCCGUCGCCAAGCUGGUGGAGAAAGGCAUUCUCAGUCAGGUGAAGGGCACCGGGGCUUCCGGCUCCUUCAAGCUUGCUAAGAAAGAACCGAAAGUCGCGAAACCAGCGAAGAAGAAGGCUGCCAAGCCCGCGAAGAAGGCUCCCGCCAAAGCCAAGAAGCCCGCGGUGAAGAAAGUGGCCACCCCGAAGAAAUCUCCGGCCAAGAAGGCUGCGAAGAAAGUGGUGAAGAAGAGCCCCAAGAAGGCUGCUCCCAAGAAGCCCAAGGCGGCAGCCAAGAAGCCCAAGUCCCCCGCUAAGAAGGCCGCCCCGAAAAAGCCCAAAGCCGCCAAGAAGCCCGCAAAGAAAACUGCGCCAAAGAAGGCCAAGAAAGGAGCCCGACGCUGUAAGAUGGCCAGGACCAAGCAGACUGCCCGUAAAUCCACCGGAGGAAAAGCUCCCAGGAAGCAGCUCGCCACCAAGGCUGCCCGUAAAAGCGCCCCUGCUACCGGAGGCGUGAAGAAGCCCCACCGUUAUAGGCCCGGGACUGUGGCUCUCAGGGAGAUCCGCCGCUACCAGAAAUCCACCGAGCUGCUGAUCCGUAAGCUGCCCUUCCAGCGCCUGGUCAGGGAGAUCGCUCAGGACUUUAAGACAGACCUGCGCUUCCAGAGCUCCGCCGUCAUGGCUCUGCAAGAAGCUAGCGAGGCUUACCUGGUUGGUCUGUUCGAAGACACCAACCUGUGCGCCAUCCACGCCAAGAGGGUCACCAUCAUGCCCAAAGACAUCCAGCUGGCCCGCCGCAUCCGCGGAGAGAGGAACCCAACUAUCCCCGGCACUGCCGCUGUUUCACCGGGACUCUGUCCCCACGGGUCUUCGCUGACCGGAGCACCGAGAUCACAUUUCAUCCGAACCGCUUUGGGUCACUUUAGGAGCAGAAAUGUGGAGAAAGUUCGCUGCGAGCUGCUCCGAGAGGCGGUGUGUCAGAGAGCUCCGAAACGCGGCGAAGAAAACACAAGAAGAGCCGCGAUUGUAGCGGCAGCAGAGCGGAGGGCUGGCUUCACUCUCCAUGGUUCUCAUGUGCUUGAUAAGUCCCGCCUCCCGCGCGAAGCUCCGACAUGCUCAGUACGAAGCUCACGCGCAGACAUGGCAGAAGAAGCUCCCGCAGCUGCACCGGCGAAAGCCCCGGCCAAGGCUCCCAAGAAGAAGUCCGCUCCCCGGGCUAAGAAGGACGGACCCAGCCUCCCUAAGCUCAUCGUCGCCUCGGUGACAGAGUCGAAGGAGCGCAAGGGGACGUCGCUGGCGGCCAUAAAGAAAUACCUGACCGCCAAAAAUGUGGACGUACCCAAGGCCAACAAACGUAUCAACACCGCCGUCGCCAAGCUGGUGGAGAAAGGCAUUCUCAGUCAGGUGAAGGGCACCGGGGCUUCCGGCUCCUUCAAGCUUGCUAAGAAAGAACCGAAAGUCGCGAAACCAGCGAAGAAGAAGGCUGCCAAGCCCGCGAAGAAGGCUCCCGCCAAAGCCAAGAAGCCCGCGGUGAAGAAAGUGGCCACCCCGAAGAAAUCUCCGGCCAAGAAGGCUGCGAAGAAAGUGGUGAAGAAGAGCCCCAAGAAGGCUGCUCCCAAGAAGCCCAAGGCGGCAGCCAAGAAGCCCAAGUCCCCCGCUAAGAAGGCCGCCCCGAAAAAGCCCAAAGCCGCCAAGAAGCCCGCAAAGAAAACUGCGCCAAAGAAGGCCAAGAAGUAAAAGCUGCUCCCGCACAGAGUGCAUCAAAGGCUCUUUUCAGAGCCACCACAGCCUCCGCUA